GGAUGUUGUGUUCUCGCGCGAAGGAGCGAAAAUUUGACGUAAUGGCGGCAGUAAGAAGAAAACGGCCUAUAGAUGCUGUACAUGCUGAAGUCAGCAUCAGAAGGGAACAAAAAUCAAUGAAGAUGAAUUCAGAAUAUGUAGAAGGUUCAAUUGUUCGCAUAAAAUUGGAAAAUAUUUUAACAUAUGAUUCUGUUGAGUUUCUUACUGGGCCCUAUCUCAAUGUGAUCAUAGGACCCAAUGGGACAGGAAAAUCCACCAUAGUUUGUGCAAUAUGUCUGGGUCUUGGUGGGAAAAUUGGACUUUUAGGAAGAGCACAGCAGGCAGCAGAAUUCAUCAAAUAUGGCAAGCAAAAAGGAAAAAUUGAGUUGGAAUUGUUCAACACAGAUGGAGACAAUUAUGUGAUUGUGCGGGAAAUACACAGAAACAAUCAAUCCCAGUGGAGUGUCAAUGGACGGGGUGCUCCCUUGAAAGCUGUGGAAGAACUAGUCACAAGUAAGAAUAUCCAGGUUGGAAAUCUAUGUCAAUUUCUACCUCAGGAGAAGGUUGCAGACUUUGCAAAAAUGACACAAGAGGAAUUAUUGGAAAAUACAGAGAAGGCUGUGGGGCCCCCAGACAUGUAUGAAAACCAUGCAAAAUUGAAGGAGGCUAGGAAUGAAAGUCGAAGUCUACAACAAGGGUUUGAUAAUCUUGAAGAACGAUUAGCACAAAACAUUAACAAAAAUAGCAGAUUAGAACAAGAUGUGAAGAAUUUCCAGGAACGUGAACGGCACUUGGAAAAAGUUGCAGUGCUGAAUAAGAAGAGGCCAUGGAUAGAAUACGAUGAAAAGAGAAAAGCAUAUGAUGUGGUAAAACAGGAACGGGACACUAAAGUGGAAGCUCUAAAACAAGCAAGAGUGCAGUUUGAACCUUUACAGAAGAGGCUUGAUAAUAUUGCAUCAAAGAAGGAAUGGGCUGAUGUAGAAAUGAAGAAAAAGACAAAUAGCCUGAGAGAUUUUGCGACAAAAGCCCAGGCGAAUAGCAAGGAGAUAGAAGCUGCUACUGACAAGAAUAAUGAAAUUUUGGAUGAAUUGAACCUCAAAAAGACAGAAGAAAAUGGAAGGCGAAAGAGGAUACAAGAUUUACAGCGACAAUUGGAUGCUCUACAGUCUGAAUAUCAAAACACAGAUGAACAGGAAAAUCUGCAGCCACUACUAGAAAAGACAACCAAUGAAAUGCGAGUGGUCAACAGAAAAAUGACGCAAAUACAUGAAGAGGGUGAUGGGAUCCGACGUGGUAUAGCAGAUUUAAAGAGGCAAAUAGACGGAUAUCAACAGGAGCUGAAGAAGAUGCAGAAUGUGGAGAACAAACGAAUGGAGAUUUUGCGGGGAAAAGACAAGGACACUUACAAUGCUGUAAUCUGGUAUAAAGAGAACAAAGAUCAGUUCAGAGGCAAUGUCCAUCUCCCAAUGAUGUUAUCUAUAAAUCCAAAGGAUGCCUCUUAUGCCAAGUACAUAGAGAUGCACAUUAGUGCUAAAGACUUUCAGGCCUUUGUGUUUGAGGACAGUCAAGAUUACACCAACUUCAUGAAUGUUAUUCGUGAUGAACAGAAGUUGAAGGUCAAUGCUGUCAAGGUUCCACAAGCUCCUCUCGAGUCCUUUAGACCAAGAUACAGCAUUGAUCAUUACAGGAAGUAUGGGUUCCAGGGCUACCUGAUGGACUACAUGAACUGUCCUGAUGGUGUGAUGAGAUACCUUUGUGCCCAGUACAAUGUACAUACCAUCCCAGUCGGCAACAGGCAAACCAAAGACUGCAUCGCAGACAUAAAGAGAGAUCACCCAGAGCUACGCACUUUUUUUACUGAUGAUUAUCAGUAUAACUUUAGGGUGUCCAGAUACGAUGGGACAAUUUCUUCAAGGAGUUCAAAAAUUAGGUACCCAUCAUGGUUGACUGCAUCUGCUGACACAACAAGGGAAAAAGAAUUAGACUCACAAAUCAGAGAACAACAAGAUGAAUUAAAGAAACAAGAAGAGACAUACCGAGAUCUUCAGAAGCAGUCAAAAGACUUCGAAGUUAGGAUGAACCGAUUGAGAGAAGAAAAGAAACAAUUAACUCAGAAGAAGGACCAGAAAAAGAAGUUGUUAUCUCAGAUUCAAAAUAAACAACAAAGAAUUAAAACAGAAGAGGCAGAGGCAAUCAAUUUGCAAGCUGAGAAAGAAAAGACCAUGAAAAAGACCAGGGGUAUUAACAUCAAAAAGUGUCAAUCUCUGCAAUCCAUGAAAGAAAACACACAGAAAUGCCUGGAAUUGAUAAAGGGAAAAGUACGACUAAGUCUGCAGCAUGCUUCCAUUGUCAAAGACCAGGAGAUAGUGGAGGAAGAAUUGAGAGAUCAGUCGCAGCAUUUGGUGAACCUUGAGAGAUCAGUGGAAGAGGCAAAGUUAGUGGUACGACAGACUAAAGAUUCAGCUAAACACUUAUUGGAGGUCGCCAAACGUGCUACUGGAACGGCUGCUAAUGCUGAACUGUCAAAUAGUCAUCGUGAGAGGUUUGAACAAUACCCUGCCACACUAGAGGGGAUCGACUCUAUGAUUCAUGAGGAAAAAGCGAGAGCUGCAUCACUCUUCCAGGCAGAUGAGAGUAUCAUAAAGGAGUAUGAAGUUCGUAAAAAAGAGAUUACCAGUCUUGAGGCAGAGUUGGAAAAGCGACGACGUGUCAUGGCAGGCCAUCAUGAGGAAGUUGUGCGGGCCAAACAGCAGUGGCUUGAACCACUUAAGGCUCUAAUUGAAAAAAUCAACAACAAUUUCAGUUAUUUCUUCUCCUGCAUGAACUGUGCUGGCGAGAUUGAGCUCAGCCAACCCGACAACCCGGAGGACUAUGAGAAGUAUGGAGUUAAGAUAAAGGUGAAAUUCCGUGAUAAUGAAGUUCUGAGGGAGCUGACCCCUCACCACCAGUCUGGUGGGGAGAGGAGUGUAGCCACAGUCCUCUACAUGAUGGCUCUUCAGGAACUCGCAAAGUGUCCCUUCAGAUGUGUCGAUGAAAUCAACCAGGGAAUGGAUCCUAUCAACGAGAGGAAAGUGUUCGAGCUUGUGGUACAAACUGUUUGUAAAAAAUCCUCAUCACAGUAUUUCCUGUUAACCCCAAAGCUGCUGCCUGACCUUUUGUAUGCAGACAAUAUGACAGUUCUUUGUGUGUACAAUGGUCCGUCAAUGCUGAACCACACUGAGUGGAAUCUGAAGAAAUUUUUGAGGAGGCGACGGAAAAUUGAAGAUUGAAUUCAGAGGACUGGAUGACUUAGCGAUAUUAAACCUGUAUGUGAUAUGGUGGUGAGAGAACGAGAGAGAGAAAUGAAAAUGAUAUGUAGAAGUUGUAUGAGAUGAUUAUCCAGUUGGUGCCAAACUGUUUUUAUGUUGUUGUAUAUUUUACUUGAACCAAAUAAAAUUAAACCUUGUUUCAUGGA